AUGUCCAGCAACAAUCUGACACUAGAGUCUAAUAUUCCUUCGAAGCCGGUUGGUUUCGUUCCACCGAGUGAUUUAGCAGAGGACCGUGUGUGGCAGUUCCCGUCGGGACAAGAACCGACGGCAAAGAGGAGAGACGUGGUGAUCGAUGCGCGCAGAGAGAGACUACUCGACUGGAUUCCACAAACGACGAGCACGUCGAUAGGUGUCGGCUAA